GGGCGGGCGGGCGCUCGCAGGCUACCUCGUCGUUCGCUUGCGCGCGCUCCCUCUCGCCGCCUGUGGGGAAGUCGGGGCCGCCCGAGCGGCUGCCGCCACCGCCUAUCCCCGACCUUCUCCCUGGCCCCUCCUGGCUCAGUCCGGUCCUCCCGCGCACCCCCGAGUAAUCAGUGUCCCCGCGUAGGGUCCGGAGAGUCAACGCGGCGGCGCCGGGUGGUGUUUAAACCAUGUUAAGGAGGAUUUUGCAGAGGACUCCUGGGAGAGUUGGCUCUCAAGGUUCUGAUUUGGAUUCAUCAGCAGCUCCUAUUAACACGGUGGAUGUCAAUAAUGAAAGCUCUUCAGAGGGUUUCAUCUGCCCAUUAUGUAUGAAAAGAUGUAUAACUGCUAUUGAUUUGUCGGAGCAUUACCAGAAAGUGCAUGCUGAAAAUGAAACAAGAGGACAGGAACUUCUUAAUAACUCCAGUGUUACUGGUUUCAUAUGUCCCCAGUGUAUGAAAUCUCUUGGAUCUGCUGAUGAACUUUUCAAACACUAUGAGGCAGUUCAUGAUGCUGGUAAUGAUUCAAGUCAUGGAGGAGAGGCUAACCUUGCUCUGAAGCGAGAUGAUAUAACACUACUUAGACAAGAGGUUCAGGACCUGCAGGCUUCACUUAAGGAAGAAAAAUGGUACUCAGAAGAAUUAAAGAAAGAAUUAGAAAAAUUUCAAGGACUGCAGCAUCAAGAGUCUAAACCUGAUGGAUUGGUGGUUGAUUCAUCAGCAGAACUACAGUCUUUAGAACAACAGUUAGAAGAAGCCCAAACAGAAAAUUUUAAUAUUAAGCAAAUGAAAGACUUAUUUGAACAGAAAGCAGCCCAACUUGCCACCGAAAUUGCAGAUAUAAAGUCAAAAUAUGAUGAAGAAAGGAGUCUUCGAGAAGCUGCUGAACAAAAAAUGACACAUCUGACAGAAGAAUUAAACAAUGCGGCAACUGUAAUUCAAGAUCUGACGACUGAACUGCUUCAGAGACCUGGUAUAGAAGAUGUUGCUGUGCUAAAGAAAGAACUGGUCCAAGUUCAGACACUAAUGGACAACAUGACCUUGGAACGUGAGAGAGAAUCUGAAAAACUAAAAGAUGAGUGCAAAAAGUUACAAGCAGAUUAUACUAACUCAGAGGCCACAGUAAGCCAGCUAAGGAGUGAACUUGCCAAAGGCCCCCAGGAAGUUGCUGUGUAUGUUCAGGAACUACAAAAACUUCAAAGUUCAGUUAAUGAAUUAACACAGAAAAACCAGAGCUUGACUGAAAAGUUGCUGAAGAAAGAACUCGACUACACUCAGUUAGAAGAUAAGCACAAUGAAGAAUGUGUGAGUAAAAAGAAUAUACAAGCAAGCCUUCAUCAAAAAGACCUAGAUUGUCAACAGCUUCAGUCAAGAUUAUCUACAUCUGAAACCUCACUGCAGAGAAUACAGGCAGAAUUAAGUGAAAAGGGAGAAGCUACUCAAAAGCUCAAAGAAGAAUUAUCAGAAGUAGAAACCAAAUACCAACAUCUUAAGGCAGAGUUUAAACAGCUACAACAACAGAGAGAAGAAAAAGAUCAGCAUGGAUUACAACUUCAAAGUGAAAUUAAUCAGUUACAUGGCAAACUUCUGGAGACAGAGCGCCAACUAGGGGAAGCUCAUGGCAGGCUGAAGGAACAGAGACAGCUUUCAAGUGAAAAGCUGAUGGAUAAAGAACAACAAGUGGCUGACCUACAACUCAAACUUUCUCGUUUAGAAGAGCAAUUGAAGGAAAAAGUAACAAAUUCCACAGAAUUGCAGCAUCAAUUAGAUAAAACAAAGCAACAGCAUCAGGAACAACAAGCUCUUCAGCAAAGCACUACAGCAAAACUUCGAGAAGCUCAGAAUGACUUAGAACAAGUACUACGCCAAAUUGGUGAUAAGGACCAAAAGAUCCAGAACCUCGAAGCCUUAUUACAGAAGAGUAAAGAAAAUAUUUCCUUGCUAGAAAAGGAAAGAGAAGAUCUUUAUGCAAAAAUUCAGGCUGGUGAAGGGGAGACUGCUGUUCUUAACCAGUUACAAGAAAAAAACCAUACCUUACAGGAACAAGUAACUCAGCUGACAGAGAAGCUGAAGAACCAGUCAGAAAGCCAUAAACAAGCCCAGGAGAAUUUGCAUGACCAGGUGCAAGAGCAGAAGGCACAUCUUCGAGCUGCACAAGAUCAGGUCCUUUCCCUGGAAACCAGUGUCAGUGAAUUAAAUAGUCAGUUAAAUGAAAGCAAAGAGAAGAUCUCUCAGCUUGACAUACAGAUUAAAGCCAAAACUGAAUUAUUGCUAUCAGCAGAAGCAGCUAAAACUGCUCAAAGAGCAGAUCUUCAAAAUCAUUUGGAUACAGCCCAAAAUGCACUACAAGAUAAACAGCAGGAGUUAAAUAAGAUCACUACUCAGUUGGAGCAGGCUGUUACCAAGUUGCAGGAUAAGCAAGAACAUUGCAGUCAGCUGGAAAGUCAUCUCAAAGAAUACAAAGAGAAACACCUCUCUUUAGAACAAAAAACUGAGGAAUUAGAAGGUCAAAUUAAGAAACUAGAAGCUGAUACUCUUGAAGUUAAAGCAAGCAAGGAACAGGCUUUGCAGGAUCUACAACAGCAAAGACAGCUGCACACAGAGUUAGAGCUUCGAGCCACAGAACUGAGUAAACAACUUGAAAUGGAGAAAGAAAUAAUAUCCAGUACAAAGUUGGACCUACAGGAAAAAUCUGAAGCCCUUGAAAAUACUAAGCAAAUGCUUACCAAGCAAGAGGAAGAAAAAGUAAUUCUUAAAAAAGAAAUUGAAAAUUUAAGUCAAGAUGCAAAGAUGCAGCACAAGGAAUUGAAUAACAAAAUUCAAACAGCAGUAACAGAACUACAAAAAGUGAAGACAGAAAAAGAAACUCUAAUGGCAGAGCUUUCUGCAGCAAGAGAGAAAUUAUCAAAAGUUUCUGAUUCUUUGAAGAACUCCAAAAGUGAAUUUGAAAAGGCAAAUCAGAAAGGAAAGGCCGCUAUAUUAGAUUUGGAAAAAACUUGUGAAGAAUUAAAGCAUCAAUUUCAAGUACAGAUGGAAAGUACACUUAAGGAACAAAAUGAACUGAAAAAGUCACUUGAAAAAGAGAAAGAGACUUCUCAUCAGUUGAAAUUGGAACUCAGUUCAAUGCAGGGACAAAUCAUACAGGCCCAGAAUACUUUAAAACAAAAGGAAAAAGAAGAACACCAACUUCAGGGAAACAUAAAUGAGCUAAAACAAUUGACUGAACAGAAAAAAAAGCAAAUUGAAGCACUCCAAGGAGAAGUUAAAACUGCCAUUUCACAGAAGACAGAGCUUGAGAAUAAGCUACAGCAACAGUCAACACAAGCAGCACAAGAACUUGCAGCAGAGAAGAAGCAAGUAUCAGUGUUACAAAACACCUAUGAGAAGAGUCAGGAAAGCCUGAAACUGCUCCAGUCUGAUUUCUAUGGGAAGGAGUCUGAGCUUCUUGCCACAAGGCAAGAUCUUAAGUCUGUAGAAGAGAAGCUUUCUCUAGCACAGGAGGACUUGAUUUCAAACAGAAAUCAAAUUGAAAACCAAAAUAAAUUAAUUCAAGAACUGAAGACAGCCAAGGCUACUUUGGAGCAGGAUGCAGCACAGAAAGAACAGCAGCUGAAGGAGCAGUUUAAAGCACUACAAGCUAUUCAAAAAGAAAAGUCACUGAAAGAAAAGGAACUAGUAAAUGAAAAAUCUAAAUUGGCAGAUAUAGAGGAAAUUAAGUGUAGACAAGAAAAGGAAAUUGCUAAACUGAGUGAAGAACUCAAGUCCCACAAGCAAGAAAGCAUAAAGGAGGUAACAAAUCUCAAAGAUGCCAAACAGCUUUUGAUUCAGCAGAAACUAGAGCUUCAAGGAAAAGUUGAUUCGCUAAAGGCAGCCCUUGAGCAGGAGAAGAAAAAUCAGCAUACGCUAAAAGAGCAGGUGAAAAAGGAAGAAGAUGAGCUCAAGAAAGAAUUUAUUGAGAAGGAAGCUAAACUGCAUUCUGAAAUAAAAGAAAAAGAAGUAGGAAUGAAGAAGCAUGAAGAAAAUGAAGUUAAACUUACCAUGCAGAUUACUGCAUUAAAUGAAAACUUGGGCACUGUGAAGAAAGAGUGGCAGUCCAGUCAACGGAGAGUUAGUGAGCUCGAGAAGCAGACGGAUGACUUACGCGGUGAAAUUGCAGUAUUAGAAGCAACGGUUCAGAACAAUCAGGAUGAAAGGAGAGCACUACUAGAAAGAUGUCUUAAAGGAGAAGGUGAAAUAGAAAAGCUUCAAACCAAAGUACUAGAAUUGCAAAGAAAGCUGGAUAAUACAACUGCAGCAGUGCAGGAGCUGGGCAGAGAAAAUCAGUCCCUUCAAAUCAAACAUACACAAGCAUUGAAUAGAAAGUGGGCUGAAGACAAUGAAGUACAAAACUGUAUGGCCUGUGGGAAAGGCUUUUCUGUAACAGUGAGACGGCAUCACUGUAGACAAUGUGGAAAUAUCUUCUGUGCUGAGUGUUCAGCCAAAAAUGCCUUAACUCCUUCUUCCAAGAAGCCUGUUCGUGUCUGUGAUGCAUGUUUCAAUGACUUGCAAGGAUAAUGGUUAUUACAACUCCAGAGUAAUAUUACACUAACAUUAGAUUUUUAAUAAAUGUACUUAAUAGAGGUCUUGGACUACUAUUUGAUUUGGAAGUGGUUGCAAUACUAGACCAACUUAGAAUUCAUAUAUUUUGGAAUGUUAUCAAUAUCAAGUAAAACUCUUCUAUUUUUGUGAGACUUGGGCUCAUCUUUCAUUACUUUUUUCCAUUUAACCCCUGAAACAGCUUUCAUGCCAAGUCUAGAAUUAGCCAAUGAAAUGUAAAUAAACUUUGGACAGAAAAUAGCAAUGUAUUUUUUUAAAUUUAAUUUCACUGUUAACAAAUCACAUGAAUAUAUGUCCAUAGCUUACUUCUUCUUUCUCCCAAAUUUAGUGUACAGAAAUGUACAUGAAUGAUGUUAUCACCUCAUUUAUGUUGUACAGUAACACAUUAGAUAUAUUAAAUAUUCAAUUUGUGAAAUUAUGCACAGAACUAUAAAACUUUCUGACUUUUUUUCUUAUAUACAGGUUCAUACCUUUGUUCCAUUGUUAUGUUAUACAUUUACUACUCACGUGUUCUAAACAUAAUUUGUAUUGAAAUAUAUAUUAACCAAGAACCCAAACAUUGUUUUUGGUGUAACAAUACUGAUUUAAUUAUCUUGGAUGGAUUUUAUGAAAACAUCUGUAAUACCAAUUUGCUUAAUUUAUGGUUAUCCUGGGAUUAUAUUUUAAAGAUUAGGGUUAAUUUUUCUUUUUUUUCCCCUCUUUUUAUACAUUAUUUUUAAACUCCCACAUAUUCUCCAUUAAGAGUCCUAUAAAGCUUCCCACACGCACCUCCACUUGGAAGAUGAGUAAUGGAAAUUGCAUAAUGGUCCUGUUCUCAGUUUCUUAUCAAUGGGGAGUCUGCUGAGAUUAGCCUUCAUAUUAUCCCUUCAUUUUGUCUCACCAGGUCUUCAGGAAUCCGAAGUUUUUUUUUUUGUUUUUUUUUUUAAUGGAUCUGCUUUUUACCUUUAUUUGUUUUAACCUUCCCAGGCACAGCUCAGCUUCACUGUAAUUGUUUUAUAAUUUUUGCAUCUUAAAGCUAGUAACUAUUGCUAUUGCAAUAGUUUUAUCUGUUGAAAACAAAAUACAAAAUGGUAAGGAGACAUUAAAUAUUCUACUUAAUAUUUUCUUCUUACCUAAUGGGGAAGAAUUUGUAAAAGUUAUAAAUUUAAAACAAUUCUUAAUUUGGGGUUCCAUUAUCCAUUUUUACUUUGCAAAAAUAAUGCUGUGAAAUUACUUUGACGUAACAGCUGGAGAGUAGAGUUUCACCAAAAAAAAAUGUAUUUAGGAAUCCCAAAGUUAUAAUCUGAACUGAAAUAGAAUGUUUGAUUAAAGAUAAUUUAAAAUUAGCUUGUUUGUAUGCUGAACAAUGAAAUUCAACUUUAAAUUAUCAUAGUCUUAUUAAUUUGGAGAAUUGGAAAACAUCUGAAGAGAGAAGUCAUUAAUAUUGGCUUAUUACUCUUUCUAGAGAAGAAAUGUAAAGUUAUACAUUUAUUCAGUACAGUCAUUUGGUAAUAAUAGCAUGAAAGGGUAGGAGUUAAUUUUUCAUUUAAAAUAGUUUAUAAUAUAUACUUGCUUUCAAAUAUGCUGAAAUGAAAUUGUCAUAUAUGCUGUGCCUACAGCAUAUAUAAACUAAAAGCGAUUGCCACAUAUUCAUUUAAUUAUUUUUAAAAAAACGCAUUUAAGUAAACUCUGUUGUUAGUAGUUAUUAAGGACCCUGAUUGAAGCCCUGGACUUGGAUAAACAUAUAUCUUUUAGCAUAUAUAAUGAAGAAAUACAGUGACUCUUUAUUAAAAAUAGUACUUGGAUAAUAUAAAUUGAACUAAAAUUAUGUAUUCAUUUUCAUAUACUUAUAAAUCCUUUCAAAUAGUCUUAAUUCUGCACUUACAUAUAAGUGACUUAAUAAAUGUGUUGGAACAACAGAUAUUCAUAGCACCACUGUUUAUUCUUUUAAAAUAAUAAAACUUCAUGAGAAUUCUUCUAGAUUAGAAUAUUUGUUCACUUCAUCUCCUAAUUGUGCAUACUGAAGGCCUUCCCCUUCAUCCCUGCCCCCACAUACAAAAAAAAAAUUGAGGGGACACCAAAUAAAACUAUAUGUGUCUGAGUGAUUUUCUACUUUCCAUCUAGCAAAUCUCAUUUCAUAAACCCUGAGUAACUUACCAUGGGUUAUUAUACUAAUAAUAGUAGAAAUGAGACCUAAUACUUUUGUUGUUAACUCACCAAUUUAAGGUGUUUUGGAAACAAAAAUUAAAGGGUUUUCUUUUUCUUUUAACUAAAAGUGCCAUCUUUUGAGUCCUUAUUGACUACAUUUUAGAUGUCUGCUGGUACUAUUUGUCAGUGAGUUGGAGUUCGUAGGAGUCCCAGCUCUCAGCUCUAACACAAAGCAUAUCUGCGCCACGUGUUAGUUAAUUCCAAAUCCCAGCACAGAAAUGUGAGCUGAAAUCAAGUGUUGCUGGGUUCGUGUACAACAGACUAUACCAGUGGAAUUUUUUUAAUAGACGACAAAGCAGCUGGUAUGGGAUUUGUUCAUUUUGAAGAAAAGAGAGGGAAACAAACACAAAAACCUCAAAGCAGUGUACAAAUAACAUUUUGUUCAACUACCUCUUAAUGUGGAAUUAGCUGGUUUAAUAGUUUCCUCACAGUAAUGUUAAAUAGUAACUGCCAAAUUUGUUAGUUUCCCAAUCCUCUUAAAAAGGCUUUAUGAUUAUUUUAUAGUUUUGAGAACUUUAAAGCCACUUUUUUUUAUGUGCAUUUGCAUAAAAAUGUUUAGCUUUUAAGUAGAGAGCAAAUUAUGAUCAUAUAUUUUGAUAUUCAUGACCUAUUUGACUAUAGCAGUUUUUUUUUAAUGCACUUUGGCUAUAAAACCAUGGAUGACUUGAUCCGUAAGAUAUAAAUGUGCCAUCAAUUUAGUGCUCCUAUACAUGAGCUUGAUGAAUGGUAUUCUGUAAUUAUAAUGUGCCACACAUUAUGGUGUCUUAAUUGCCCUUUGCCUGAAUUUUAACUAUCAAUUUGUUAUUGUUGCAGCUGUGAAUAUUGUGCAUAAACUGACUAAAUUUAUGUAAAAUUAUAUAAAAUAUAAUUGAAAGUAGCUAAGUUCUUUCUGUGUAGAAGUAAUGAAUUUAUUGUACCAUGAUGCAGUUAUGUAUAUGACAUUCUAUACUUCUUGGAACUGGAUCAUAUAUUCAUAUCUUCUGUAGAUAUUUUUGCAUGAAUGUUUCCUCAUUUGGUUUCUGGAUUCAUUAUUUGUAUUGUGUUUACUACUUGUGAUCAUGUAGUUGUGCCUUAUUUUGUGAGAGAGUUAAGCUCAGUAAAUACUGUAAUUUCUAAACUCAGUGAUUGGAAGGUUAUUGAUGAUAAAUGUAACUGAUAAAUUACAUGACAGCAUUUAAAUCUGUAUAAAGAACAAUGGAAGGAUCCUUAUUGAAUUGUUGCUUUUUUUAAUAUGUUAAAGAUGAUAUUAAAAAACAUUUCUUUCUAGUAGAUGUA